AUGUUUAAAGCUACCCGCGCCAUGGCCAUGCGCCCGUCGGCCAUGAUGAUGAUGCGCCAGACUCCCCGCAUGACGAUGCGUCAGAGCCCCCAGCUCUUCGUGCGCCAGACACUGCAGAUGCGCAGUCCCGUUCCCAAGCAGGAGCAGGGCGCCCACACUGCCUCGCAGCGCCUGCGCCAGCUCAAGAACAUCCCCACUGAGAUUUGGCCCUUGAUUGUGGUCCUCGGCGUUGCCGUCUUGAUGGCCAUCUUCUCCCUCGGCAGGAAACUCUGGGUCGACAAGACCCUCCGCCUCAAGAGGCAGGGUAAGGAGCAGUAG